AAAGCGGCUGAAGCAAAAACAGAGGUAAAAGUAGAGGCAGCGAAGGAAGAGGAGGUUGUACAUGAAGAUAAUAAUUGGGGAAUAGAGCUUGUUGACGAGUCAAAAACUGAAGAAUCAACGACUACCGUCGGAAAUGGUCUCGAGUACGCGUACGAGCUGCCGAAAGAAGCUGAAGUGGAAGUCGAGGUCAGUUGUUCGUAUGCAAAGCUGUGA